UCUGAUGUUUUUUCCCCUACUUUUUGUAGAAUUGAGUUAUGUUGAUGAUUUCUUUUUUGGCUUGAAAUUGUGUUCCAAUAAUGAAUUAGUACAAUUUUUGUGUGGGAAUCCAUUUCUUUUCAUUUCCAAACACAUCUUAAGUAAAUUCAUACUCCUUAAUGUGCUGAAUUUUACAGUGUCAAGUUGUUUGAUGAUGGGAGCUGUUGACAAAAGGCGAAGAGGAAGUAGAUGAGAGCCAAUUGUACUAUGAAGUUUUUGCUGGACAUGAACCAGAAGUGUCUCUCUCUACCAAGAAUCUUAAAGCAGAGGUUUCAGAUGCCAGUUCUGGUGAUCCAUAGGUUCAUUUCCUCCUCUUCACAAAUGAUUUACGCCAGAAGACCAGAAAUGGUGCAUGUUCGUUUCCCUGAUCACGAGCUUUCUUUGGUUUCUUCUUUGAAAUCUUGUUCCGCCCAAGCCUCUAUCCCCCAUGGCCAAGGGCUUCAUUGCCUUAUCUUGAAAUCGGGGCUUGAUUCCAACAUUUUUAUUGUGAAUAGUUUGAUGAGUUUUUAUGUGAAAUGUGAAUGGAUUGGGGAUGCUAGGAAGAUAUUUGAUUCGAUCCCUCGGUUAGAUCCUGUUUCGUGUAACAUCAUGAUGUCUGGUUAUGCCAAACUAGGACAUGUAGAUGAGGCUUGCCAACUGUUUGAUAAAAUGCCUGGAAAGAAUUGUGGUUCAUAUACUUCUAUCAUCAAGGUUCUAGUCCGUAAGGGGUUAUUGAACAAUGCGGUCCAUAUUUUCAGGGAGAUGAGAUGCUUGGGAUUGGUUCCCAAUGAGGUUACUCUUGGUAGCAUGAUCUCUGCUUGUUUGGAAUGUGGUGGGGUUAAGAGUGGGAAAAUGCUUCAUGGACUGGUAUUGAAGCUUGGACUUCAUGGUUUUGUUCAUGUUUCCACUAAUUUGCUACACCUGUAUUGCAUCUCUGCUUAUUUGAGAGACGCUAGCCUGCUGUUCGAUGAAAUGCCGGAGAAGAAUAUUGUUUCUUGGAAUGUGAUGCUAAAUGGAUAUGCAAAGACUAAGCAAGUGAGUUUGUUGAUGAAGCUUUUUGAGCAGAUGGUUGACAGGGAUGUGGUUUCUUGGGGUACUGUAAUUGAUGGAUAUGUUCAAGUGGGGAGGUUACACGAGGCCUUGGGGUUAUAUAUCAAAAUGCUUCGUACUAGCCUAAAACCCAAUGAUAUUAUGAUCGUAGACUUGAUUUCUGCUUGUUCAAGAUCAAUGGCUAUUUCAGAGGGUAAGCAGUUUCAUGGUGUGGCAUUGAAGAUGGGGUUGGAUUGCCACGACUUCAUUCAGGCAACAAUUAUCCAUCUCUAUGCUGCUUGUGGGGAAAUCGAUCUCUCUCGUGUCCAGUUUGAAAUAGGUAGCAAAGACCACCCCGUGUGUUGGAAUGCUCUCAUUGCAGGAUUAAUUAGAAAUGGGAAAGUAGAUGCGGGUCGGUCUCUAUUCGACCAGAUGCCCGAACGAGACGUUUUCUCUUGGAGUUCAAUGAUAUCUGGUUAUUCACAAACGGAUCAACCCGAUUUAGCACUUGACCUCUUCCGUAGAAUGGUGGCUAGUGGCAUUAAACCAAAUGAAGUCACAAUGGUCAGUGUCUUCUCUGCAAUUGCUACUCUAGGAAUAUUGGAAGAAGGUAAAUGGGCCCACGAGUACAUCUCCAAGAACUCCAUUCCUUUAAAUGACAAUUUGAGUGCUGCUAUAAUCGACAUGUAUGCGAAAUGUGGCAACAUUAACACUGCUUUAGAUCUGUUCAGUCAAAUCCAGGAGAGAUCAACCGAUGUCUCCCCUUGGAAUGCGAUUAUAUGUGGGCUAGCCAUGCACGGUCAUGCUGAGCUGUCACUCAACAUUUUCUCUGAUUUAGAGAGGCGUCAUAUAAAACCCAACCAUAUCACAUUCAUUGGUGUCUUGACUGCCUGUUGCCAUGCCGGGCUGGUGGAAGUGGGUGAGCGCCACUUCAAGAGGAUGAACGAGCUGUACCGAAUAGAACCAAACAUCAAACAUUAUGGUUGCAUGGUGGAUCUUUUGGGGAGAGCCGGAAGGUUGGAGGAGGCAGAAAGGCUUAUAGGGAGUAUGCCUAUGGAGGCCGAUGUUGUGGUGUGGGGUGCACUUUUAGCGGCGAGUAAAACACACGGCAACACAGAAAUUGGGAAAAGGGCCGCAAAGAAUUUGGCACAAGUAGGACCGUCCCACGGUCCAAGCAGAGUGCUUCUUCAUAAUAUUUAUGCAGACGCGGGCAAGUGGGAAGACGCUUUUCUUGUCAGGAAAGAAAUGCAAACCCAAAGGCUGGAAAGAGAAAAGGCUUAUAGUGGACUUGUAUAACUUUAUUCAAGAAAAUCAGUGGAGUUGGAGUCUUUUAUAUUCAGUACAUUUGUGGGAGAAGGAUAUUUCAAUAUCCAUGACAAACCAGGAAAAGAAAUGGUUUGCUGACAGUGGUUCAACAACAUAAAAUAAAAAAAACCUUCGUAUAUCUUUUAAGGUGAAAGUGCCACCCUGGUGGAUCGUGUAGCUGUGGUUGAUAUAUCUGUUCUACAUCGGAUUCCUAGACGUGACAUCGGGAGCUGGAGAACUUCCAAAAGUGCAAAGUGAAGAAGCAGCGGAGCUAGAUCGAUUUGAGGUAUACCUCUAGGCUCCGCUCAUCUUUCUACAAAAAUUGAAGGCAGGGAAAUGAUAGAGUUCACUUUUAGGCAAGAAACAGACAUGGGGCCGGAGCUCCGGGGAGAAACCCAUCAUGGGAAUCGGGGCAGGGGAUCCCCUAUCCCAAAAAACGUACCCCACCCCGAAGUACUGGGAAUCGGGGCAGGGGAUCCCCUAUUCCAAAAAAUGUACCCCACUCCGAAGUACUACUCUUCAGAUGCUGCCCAUAAAUGUGCCACCAUUUCAUUGUUGUGCUGAGCAAUGACAGGGGUACACCAAAAUUGUACACCAUUACUCUUCUCAUCAUACAUACCUUAUCCAUUUUCCAAUCUUCUUAUCCACACCCAGAAUUGUAAUUGUGCGGUGUACACUUGGGUACAUCUUAAAAUAAUCUUAAAAAACUAUACUUUAAAUU